AUGGAACGCUGCAUUUGUAACAAAUUCUACGGUCAUUUCAAGCAGCUCGUUACCAAGUUACAACAUGGGUUUUUACGAGGUCGCUCGUGUGUCACACAGCUUCUUUCAGUUCUCCACUCAAUCGGACAAUGCCUUGAUAAAAACGUCCAAACAGAUGUUCUUUACCUUGAUCUCGCCAAAGCGUUUGACUCUGUCGAUCACCAAAUUCUUCUUGAAAAACUGAAAUCCUAUGGUGUUACGGGUCAACUACAUAACUGGUUUGCUGACUACUUAAAAGACCGUUCUCAAAGAGUAGUAGUGGAUGGUGUGGCAUCUCAAUGGGCACCUGUUACAUCCGGAGUGCCACAAGGUAGUAUUUUAGGACCAAUGCUCUUUGUGGUGUUCAUUAACGAUCUUCCUGAGUCUAUACCAGACAAAACAACUGCUGCUUUAUACGCAGAUGAUACUAAGUUGUACAGAAGCAUCGUAUCAGUAGCUGACUGCGAAGAUCAACAGCAGGCUCUGAAUAACCUUGAUACAUGGAGCAGUGUCAAUAACCUUAAAUUUAAUGCAUCUAAAUGCAAGGUGUUGACCGUGACAAGAAAGAGAAGUCCAAUAUUUCACACUUAUCAACUCGGUUCUAAGGAACUGCUUCGUGUGGGGCAAGAAAAAGAUCUCGGUGUUACUUUAACUAGUAACCUCUCUUGGGACACUCAUAUUAACGUUAUCGUCGCCAAAUCCAACAAGCUGCUGGGUUUAUUAAAGAGAACUUGUCCCUUGUUGACGGACGUUAAAGUUAGACGUACGUUGUAUCUGUCACUCGUUAAAUCACAAAUCAGCUACGCCAUAGAAGUUUGGUCUCCAGUCAACAUACAUCUCAAAUCAAAGGUUGAGAAAAUUCAAAGAAGAGCUAUACCGCUUGGAUUCUGA